UCAACAUGGCACUCGACAAAAUUAUCGCCUGGAGUGGCUGCUGGCAAGUCACCCUGGCCCCUGACAAAACGCAAGCAAUGGUAAUAUCCCGCAGGCGAGAUAUCAACAAUCUAGCCGGGCCGGGGAUACAACUGGAGGGGAAAACGCUACCCCUUCAAGACUCCAUCUCCAUUCUCGGAGUGGGGUUCGACGCGGGACUCUCCUUCACCAACCAUGCUAAAAAAAUAUCAAAAAAUGCAGCAUGGAAACUCAGCUGUGUACGGCGCAUCUCCCAUCUACUUGACGCCAAAGGGACUGAGGUGCUCUACAAGGCACAAGUACGCCCCCUCAUGGAGUACUCCCCCCUCGCCUGGUCCUCCUGCCCUCCAUCCUACCUUGCAACGCUGGAUCGUGUCCAGGCCAGAGCCCAGCGUCUGAUACAGCGCACAGGUCCUCAGCACGCGCGUGGCUCCCUGCAACCUCUCCAGGAGCGCAGGGAUGUGGCAGGCCUGUGUGUAAUGUUCAAGGCACACAACCUAAACACACCCCACCUGGCAGCUCUCAGGCUCCCCGCGCCCCCAACCCCCAUACACUCCACCCGAGCAGCACCCCACAGACAGGAACAAGUGGCUGUACCCUUCUCCAGGACAGAACACCACAUCCGCUCCUUCCAGCCCCGCUACAGCCGCCUGUGGAACCAGCUUGUUCGCCACACCGACCUCCACCAUCGCGCGUCACUUCAAGACUUUAACCGGGAGCGUGAGGUUGACGAUCUCAACUCAAGCAAAAAAGACUAUGAAAAAGAGAAGCAGGAUGCCAAGGCUGAAAUUGAGAAGCUAACAGAGCAAGUUGAAUCAUCGCAUUUGAAGAUCAGAGAACUUGAAGAGAGAUUAAACUAUCAGGAAGAUUAUAGCAGAAGGAGCAACGUGCGAAUCAGUGGCAUGGAGGAGCGUGGAGCCACUGAGACAUGGGAGCAGACGGCGGCUGCCGUGACGUCACUCCUGGAGGAGAAGAUGCAGCUGCCGGGACUCGUGUUGGAGCGAGCCCAUCGUGUUGGUGUGCGCCGCGACGCCAGGCCUCGUCCCAUCGUAGCAAGAUUCUCUCGUUACUGCGAUCGAGAAGCUGUGAUGAGGAACUCCAAGAAGCUGAGGGGCACGAACAUAUUCGUGAACGAUGAUCUCUGUGCAGCGUCACAAGCCGUGAAGAAUGCUCAGAUGCCUCUACUAAAACAGGCAAGAGCACAAGGGAAAGUGGCAUUCUUCCGUCACACCAAGUUAAUCAUCAAAGACAAGACCAGCGACGUUGGAGUUGAUCGGAUGCGGCAGUCGACGGGGACCGCGGGAGUGCGGGGUGUGGCUGGCGCCGGGACCAUAUCAGUGCCACAGCCAACCAAACACUGGGGCUCCUGA